GGGCUCUACACAUCGCCUUAUCGGACCUUGACGGGCGGAAUAAAAUCAACCAUUUCCUUCUAGAAAAUAAUGAUGAGGACAGAAUCUCACCUCUUGCCAUCGACAUCAUCAACUUUUACAUCAAAAUAAGUACGAUAGAGCCCAGAGAAAUGUCGUGGUACCCGAAAAACGUGUAUCCGGAAGGCUCGGGAAUUGACUCAAAGACAAUCGAGAAUAUCGUCGUCCAGGACAUUAUCAAGAACGAUUUGACCCGAAGCGAGCAGCUUGAUCUCGCAACAGCUCUAACAGUUAUGCUUGUGGCGGAGGCAGCUGAGGAAACCACAACAAGUUAUGAAUAUGAUGAAGAGGGUGAAGAGAAUGAGAGAAUAAAUGAAGAGGAAGAAGAAGACGACGAAGAGGGGGAGGAGGAAGAGGAAGAUGAGGAGUAUGGAGAUGUUUAUGAUUCAACGGAGGACGGCUUAUAUGAUGCAUUUGACGACGUGAGCUCAUAUGGUUCUCUGCGCUUUCUUGUCCUCGACAUGCCAGUUGAGAAUGCGGAACCAGAGCCCAUCACCAGGAAGCGAGCUUUGUCACACGAAGAAACGCCAUGCCCUCCCUCAAGGAACCCGGCCAAACGACAGAAGAUAGAUACAUCCGGAGUAUCAGAACCCGCCAAACCACAAGCUUCAGAAACGAAGGAUCCGGUGGCGUCUCCUUCAGCCCGACCUGAGUGGCAACAAUACGGCGGAAAGGAAAUACCCAAAUCACUCAUCCCUAGAAUCGUCCGGUCAGCUCUCCUAGGCACUCCUCUGCACGCACUUCAUCCCGAGGCACAAUCGUUUCUCAUGGCAAUCAAUUUCGACCUCCCUGGCUCCAAGGAACUGGCAUGCGCCGUCAUCGACAUGGGCCUCAGAUUCUCCAAGACAGCCACGAGGAGUGAGUACAGCAUUGUAUUCAAGGAACUGGUCGAAAGCCAAGGCCGGAUCAUGGUGUACAACAGUGCUCAUAACAACUUCGAGCAGCAGCAUAUGCUUUUCUGGAACAAGGUCAAGAAACAUACCGGCAAGCCUGUUCCUCCUGAGCGAUUAGUGGAGCAUCAGGCGAGAAAAAGGAGACAAAUAGCUGAGAUGUACGCCAGAAAUAGGGCCAGACAUGCAGAGGAAAACGCGAAGAAAUUAGCUCUUCAAAAGAAGUUGAAAGAGCAAUUUGCUAAGAAGAUGAGCGAAGGGGAGGCCAAGAAGCUACCUCUGGAUGAGAGAGUUAAGAAGUGGCUGAAAGAGAUUGUCCCGGUUCAGAAGAAAUAGCACGAUAUGGCAUGGCAUGAUAUGGAUAGCAAGAGAUGGGAACUUCAGCCUUCAGUGGAAUGGGUUGCAUCAUGGCAUUUAUGAAUACAAGAUCGAGAUACCCCCUUUACAUAAUAGGAAACGGCAUAGUUGUAUGUAUUAUGGAUUAACUUAGCAUAAGCCACAUGAUAUUCUUUAAGCCUUGACGCCACGCAGAUGCAGCUUAAACGGUCCGUCGAGCUGCA